GAAUGCUCUUUAUGUUACAGUGUUUUAUACGGUUUUGUAAAUAUACAGUCAUGCCAUCUGCACAUGAUAAUAAUUUGCCAUUUCUUUUCAAGUGUUUAUUCCUCUUAUUUCUUUCUCACAUCUAAUUUAUUGUCUAGCACCUCCAAAACAGUAUUCACUAACAGAAGUAAUAGUGGGCAUCUUUAUCUUAAUCCUCUUAGCAACAUCAGUUAAUGUUUUACUAUAAAGCAUGAAGCUAGCUUUUAAGUUUAAGAUGUGUAUUUGUUUAUCAUGUUGGGAAAGCAUUUAUUUAGGGUACUUAGGGCAUCUUAAGUUGGGUCAGGAGUCAUGAAAACUUUGUCAGGAGUAAUAGAUACAGAGGUAGGAAUUAAGCAUAGAAGCAGCCUGACCGUUAAUUUGUUUAGUCAAUGUUUAUUGAACACCUACUAUUUCCUGGGAACUCUUCUGGGCACUGAGCAGUAGACAAAACAGUCAAAAGGCUGCAGUCAUGAAACACACAAUUCAGUGGGGCAGUCAGGUAGGAGAUAAGCUAAAUAACUGUAAUAUGUAUUAGAUCAUAUGAGAUGUGCUAUAGGGAAAAAUAAAGUGGGAAAGGAAACAGCAGUGUUGAAGUAUACAGCAAUCCCUAAACAAAUGAGUGUAUAUCAAUUAAUACUGAUUCAAAAUGUUUAACAUUCUUCUAUAUAAAUGUUCAUUUGUGAGAUCUUGACAUUUUCCUUUCGUAAUAUUCUAGGUUUUUUUAAAUAUAUUCUUUCCUUAAAAAGAGACCAAAACAUGUCAAAAAAUACUGCCCUGGAAACCUCAUAAAUACUACAGUGUGAAGAACCCUCAGCUCAGAACAUACAGUUGAUCUUCAUACAUCUUAGGAACGUUUGAUAGAGGACAGCAGGUUGUUUACUAUGUCUCUGCCUGGUCCAGCAGAAACAGACAUAGACCAGCAGCUCCCCGGUGCAGCAUUAGGACCUGGUAGGCUGGCCGCUGAGUGCGGGGGCAGCCCUGGCACAGGUGACUGUCCCAGUGGCAGUCCCGGACACGCCUCUGAAAGGAGUGUUGACUAUAGCAGGUCCCAGUGUUCCUGCAGAAGUUUAAGUUCUCGCUGUGAUUACUCAGAAGACUUUCUCUCUGAAUGUUCAGAAACUGCUCUUAAUAGAAAUUAUUUAGAGAAACCCGUGAUAAAAGAGGAAAAGGACGAGAAGAAAAAGUACGUCUCUAAAAUCUCCCAGUCUAAAGUUAACAGGUGGCCUCGUUACAGAUACCUGGAUCUCACUGGCUUCUUGCCUUUCAUCUCAGCUGAGGAACCAAUGUUUGAAUUGCCAAUGAAAUGUAAAAACCUGUUUCAACACCCCAAGAAGAUGGGCUUCAAGUCCGGCCAGAAGGAAAUCUCAGUUGAAAAAAAGCACACCUGGAAUGCACCACAUUUACAUUCCCAAAACAAUAUGAUUACCCAAAGAAGAGACGCUAUGACUCACCGCAUACUGUCAGCAAGGCUUCAUAAGAUUAAAGAGCUAAAAAACGAAGUAGGGGAUAUCCAUCGUAAAUUGGAAGUCACAGUCCUAGAAAACCAGUUUUUGAAACAGCUUCAGCUUAGGCACUUGAAAGCUAUAGGGAAAUAUGAGAAUUCACAAAAUAAUCUACCUCAAAUUAUGGCAAAACAUCAGAAUGAAGUCAAAAAUUUGAGGCAGCUACUUAGGAAAUCCCAGGUAAAGGAAAGAAGUGCAUCUCGGAAACUUCGAGAAGCUGACAGUGAGCUGCUCAAGACUAAAGACGCCUUGCAGGCCCUGCAGAAGCUUUCUGAAGACAAAAACCUUGCAGAGAGAGAGGAACUUACUCAAAGACUAUCUGUUCUUACAACAAAAACGGAGGCAAAUGACAAAAAAAUACAGAGCUUGGAAAAACAAUUGAGGUUGAACAAUAGAGCUUUUAAUCGGCAGCUGGCCAUUGAGACCCGGAAGACGGUAGCAGCUCAAGUAGCUACAAAGACCCUGCAAAUGGAAAUAAAACGCCUUCAACAAAAACUUAAGGAGAAGGAUCGAGAGCUUGAAAUUAGAAACAUCUAUACUAGUCGGAUACUUAAAAAUUUACAUGACAAAGAAGAUUAUCCAAAAGUUUCUUCGACCAAAUCUGUACAAGCAGACAGAAGCUUUUCACUGACAAGUAUGAAACACCAGGAAACCCAAAAAUCAGAAGAUGUUCCAUCUUUGACAGCUAAGGGUAAAAAGACAACCGGAAACAUUGGUCAAAAAGAAAAAUCAACUGAAAUAACCUGUGCAAUUCCGCACUCUAUCAGCAAAGUUCCAAACCAAGAGGAUUCCAAGAGAAAAUAUGAAGAUUUAUCGAAGGAAGAGAAACAUUUGGAAGAACCACCACCUCUGGAGAAUAUUGGAAGACAGAGAGAGAGAAAAGAAGAUCAAGAAAAGAAAGCCACUUUAGUGAAAGAAGAAGAACUACCACCAAAAAGAAUUGAAGUAACUCAUCCUGAACGGGAAGGCAAGCAGGAUGACGACACAGGGAAAGAAAAGUUCAAAAGAAGUCUCCAAAUAAAUGACACAGACAAGGCGCCUGAUAAAAAUGCUGCUGCAAAUAUCAAGAUCCCCUUCAGACAGAGAAAGCAUUACUCGUUCACAGAAGCCAUUGAGAACCUGCAUCACGGGCUUCCUGCCUCUGGCGGGCUGGUCAGCGCGGCUGUGACGAGAGGCGGCAUAAGCACCAGCAAGCCUCGCGGGAACUCAGAAGGCCUGAAGCCAGAACAUUCUGUGAGUGGGUAUGAACCCUCUUUUGGCAAGUCUUCCCAAACAAAAGCAAAAGAUACUUUCAGAGAUAAGAAAAACAGUCUGAUGGAAGAACUCUUUGGGUCAGGCUAUGUCUUUAAACAUGACCAGACCAGCACGGCUGCUGCUCAACAGGCUGACGAGACCCUGGAAAGUAAAAAGACGCACCAUCUACCUCCCAGUCAGGCCUCCGCCAGCAACGCUUUCGGAGAUUCUAAAGUAACUAUGGUAAAUUCCAUUAAGUCGUCUUCACCUACAGAAGGAAAAAGAAAAAUAAUUAUUUGAAUAUAAUCAAUAUCCUAAUAC